UAGUUCAAAUUAACCUAGCUCUUGAACAUAACUCGUGUCACAGGCAUAGCCUGGGCUCUUCUCUUGAGGAAAAUACAUUUUCUGAUGCAGAUGUCCAUAUAACGCAGUUCUUGUGUGGUUGGUGAAAAUAAGCCUACGCUGCAGGAAUGCAAGAGGAGCAACAGCCUGAGGCUGCUGCAGAUCCAAUGUCGUCCUCUGAUGCACCAGGAGAUGGCCCAAAGGGAGCACCAAGUAUAUCACAAAAUAUCUCUGAUGCAGAUGCAUUUAAAAUCCUGCUGGAGAUGAAGCUGAAGAAGAGGCAGAAAAGGCCUGCUUUACCAAACACUGUGACUGAGCUUAAUACUGAGGAUGGUUCUAAAGUGUAUGUGGUUGGAACAGCCCACUUCAGUGACAGCAGCAAAAAGGAUGUAGUAAAGACAAUACAAGAAGUGCAGCCUGAUGUAGUUGUGGUGGAACUGUGCCAGUACAGAGUUUCUAUGUUAAAAAUGGAUGAAAAGACAUUACUGAAAGAAGCCAAAGAAAUAAAUCUGGAAAAACUUCAACAAGCUAUAAAACAGAACGGAGUCAUGUCUGGAUUGAUGCAAAUGCUGCUUCUGAAGGUUUCUGCUCACAUCACAGAGCAGUUGGGAAUGGCCCCAGGAGGAGAAUUCAGGGAGGCUUUCAAAGAGGCCAGUAAAGUACCUUUCUGUAAAUUCCACCUUGGUGACCGGCCCAUCCCUGUUACAUUUAAGAGAGCAAUUGCUGCACUUUCCUUCUGGCAAAAAGUCAAGCUUGCCUGGGGCCUUUGCUUCUUAUCUGACCCCAUCAGUAAAGAUGAUGUGGAGAAAUGCAAACAGAAGGAUUUACUGGAACAGAUGAUGGCAGAAAUGAUUGGAGAAUUCCCUGAUCUUCAUCGAACGAUUGUCUCUGAACGAGAUAUUUACUUGACCUACAUGCUGAAGCAAGCAGCAAAGCAGAUAGAACUACCUCGAGCUUCAGAAAAUGAACCUAGAAAAUACAUCCCAGCUGUUGUAGUUGGUGUUGUUGGCAUGGGUCAUGUACCUGGGAUUGAAAAGAACUGGAAUUCUGACUUAAAGAUCCAGGAAAUAAUGAGUGUGCCUCCUCCAUCAGCUUCAAGUAAGAUUUUCAAAUUUGUUUUAAAAGCAACAGUGUUUGGACUGCUGGGAUACAGCUGCUACCGAAUAGGUCACAGGACAGUUCAGUUUGUUCUCUCAAUGCCAGCAACACAGAGCUAUCUUCAGAGGCUGACUGAGAUGCCUCAGCAGUGAACAAGCAGUAGAGGCUCUCUGUGAAGAAGGUGGCUGAAGAAAGGGCGAUGGAGGCAAUGCAUGAAGUGGACUGAAGGAUGAGGAUUCUAGUCAGACCUGAUUGAUGCUGAGCAACACUCAAUCACUAUAUAAUAAAAGAUUUGGUACUGAAGUUACACCAGCUAUGAUCUAAUUAAUAGUUUUGAUUCUUGAUAGGUGUGUUGCAUGAAACCAGAUGAUUCCAGAUUGAGGUAAAAGAAAUGUGUAUCCAAAUAUAUAUAUAUAUAUUAUAUAUGCAUACUAUAUACAUGUACACUAUAUAUAUGCAUUGUAUAUAAUAUAUAUAUAUAAAACUGAUGAUGUAGUACAGGCAGCUUAAAGGGUGUGUGUUCAUGGCUCCUUUUCCAGAGGAAAGAACAACACAAAGUAUCCUAAUCAGCUGCAUCUCCUCUGAAGUUCAGGGACACGUGAGUGAUUCUUUGCUUUUUUUCUUAGGUAUAAUAAUACCAAGUGUUUGUUUCUGGUGCCAGACACUUUUACACAUAAUUUAAAGGACAUCUUCUCAAUGUGUGUUUUAUACCUAAAACAUUUAGGCUUUUUUUAAACUUAAGAGCUUUCCAGAAAUUUCAGAAUUGUACAGGCUGUCAUACGUACACGGCUCAAAUUUUUUACAAGCCUUACUGAAGAACAGGAAUGUUGCCUUUAGAUUGCAUCCCUUGUUACCACCACCAGUUGAAUUGUCUUUCUCCUGCAUAGAGAAGGUGUAGCCACCCCAUCAGAAUGCAGUGUGGUUUGUGUCAGAUGUUUACAGGACACUCUGUUCCUUUAGAUUAGCUUAUUUAAACUAUUAUUUAGCCAAAUCCUGCUGGUUCCAGUAUUGUAAAUUUAAGAGACUAGAACUACUGUACAAUUUACUUUUGUUUCUCAGACCUUUCAUAUUUGGCAUAAAAAGCCUGGAAUUAACCUGCCCCUUGUUUUUGCUACAUGAAUAUACUUUAUUUAUCAAUGUAAUUUCUUGGUGGAUGAAUAUUUUAAUCUAUUUAAUAGGAAAGCAGUGUUCAAUUUAGUUUUUCAACCAAGUGUAGCAUUUUAUUUGGAUUACCUGCUAUUUAUAUGCAGAAUUAUGGGUACUACAGACUGCUGUUACUUUCUUUUUUAAUUAUCUGGAACACUCAUCCAUCAUCAAUCUUUCUUUCUUUCUUUUGUUUUUUUAAUCCUAGCUUCAUAUUUCAUUGGAAUUUUUUGGUUCCUUCUCUUUUUAUAGGAUUGUCAGUGAUUGUAAAAUGCCCUUGGCAAUCAGCUAGUCCUGAUUCAACAACAGAGAUAACAUUGUCAUAUCAAAGUUAACCCAAUGUAUUUGAGUGGAAAAGUCCCAUUUGCUCCUCAGGCUCAUACACAGGUGCUCCUUGCUUAAAGUGAGGUUUCUAUCUGUAUUAAUUUCUUUUGGGAAUGAAAGAUGGGAACCAAUAUGUGAGGCAGGAGGAGGAAAAGGUGAUGUUGUGUUUUGUGUUUCAUUGUGGUUUUUCAGUUGGUUCAAUAAAGUCCAGAAACCACUUUUAAUAGGGGUAUAUUUCCAAAGGCUUGUGUUGGAAAUAGUUUCUACAGUCUUGUUUGCUAAAAGUAUGUACAUCUGUCUUCUGUACAGUAUAGUCUUCUUUGAGCUUUGAAAUUUAAGGGCCUGAUGCUCCUCUCUGUGAUGGCUUUGAUUUUGCUGGGAGCUGGUCUGUCCAUGCAACCUGAUGCUUUUCUGGCUUGCUCUUUGAGAACUGUAUGAGUUCCAGUGCAGCAAAUGAUUAAAGUGCAUGUUUAUCUUAAACCUUACUGAAUCUAACCCGAUUCUGCAGAGCUCUUAAGGUGAUGCUAGGUGCUCUUCUGGGUCUGGGCCUUACAGGUGUCCAGGGAAUAAAUCUUAGCAAAUGAGAAUGACAGCAAUUCAUGCUUCUAGGACACAAAGUAUAAAUGAUAAUACAGAAAACAGUGGGGGCAGGUCCUUUUAUUUUCUAUUUAUUAGUGCUUAAGAAACCACCAGCCAUCUCUAGCAAGAGGAGAAGCAGCAUUUGUAAACAAUUUAUAGAAUAGUAGAGUGACUGCCUAAAUUUUGAUUCCUGUUUUUUAAAAACAUUUAAUGUAUUGUUUACAAUUAAGCAGUACUAUCUGAAUAAUUCUAUUACAUUUUAUGUACAUUUUUUAAAAGAUGAAAGCAGAAGCUUAAGCUCACUCUUCUCCUGUCUUUACUGACAUACCAAAAUGUUGUUCUGUUGGUUAUUUUCUUGAGAAUAUUUAGCUGGUAGAAUUAAAUAUAUGGAUAUUUUGCUUUAAGUUAUCUACAGAUUUUUAAAGUAUCUGCAGCUAUUUUAAAAGUUCUGUAGAUCUUUGAUAUCUGUGCUCAGGUAAUUUUACACAAAGGAAAACAAAUCUAAGGUAAAUUUUAGAUAGGAGCC